GUGCUGGCCCGGAAAACUUCACUAAAUCACAUUCUUCUGGAUUUGCUUCUAUUGUCUCCUGUGCACAGCCCGCAGCAAGAAAAUCCUAGAAAAUGCAUUAUUAUCGAUACAGCACCGCUGAGGUCAGCUGCUGUUACAAGUAUCUGCUGUUUAGCUACAACAUUAUAUUUUGGUUAUCCGGUAUGGUUCUUCUAGGAGUUGGUCUUUGGGCGUGGAGUGAAAAAGGGAUAUUGUCAGACAUCACUAAAGUGACUCGUCUCCAUGGCUUUGACCCGGUGUGGCUGGUUCUAGCUGUUGGUGGUAUUAUGUUCACGUUGGGUUUUGCUGGCUGCGUAGGAGCUCUCAGAGAGAACAUUUGUCUCCUGAAAUUCUUUUGUGGCACUAUUGUCCUGAUCUUUUUCCUGGAGUUAGCUGUUGCGGUUCUGGCCUUCCUCUUUCAAGACUGGGUCAGAGACAAGGCCAAAGAGUUUUUUGAGAACAACAUCAGAGCCUAUCGGGAUGAUAUUGACCUACAGAACCUCAUAGACUCCAUUCAGAAAGCGAACCACUGCUGUGGGGCCCUGGGCCCGGACGACUGGAACCUGAAUGAGUACUUUAACUGCACAGCGAAUAAUCUGAGUCGCGAGAGGUGCGGUGUCCCGUUUUCAUGUUGUGUAUCAGAUCCAGCACAAUCUGUUGUGAACACGCAGUGUGGUUACGAUGCCCGUAAAAAGUCAACUGGUGACAGAUCCAAUGUAACGUACAUGAAGGGCUGUAUUUCUGCGCUGGAGGCCUGGCUACCGAGGAACAUAUAUAUUGUCGCUGGAGCUUUCCUGGUAAUCUCCAUUUUACAGAUCUUUGGCAUUUACCUGGCACGGACUCUAAUGUCUGAUAUUGACUCUGUGAAGGCCGGGUAUAGAUUCUAAGCACCUGGACUUCAGAGACUUUCUAUUAUAAGUGACUGUAACCUGAUUUGAGUUUCUACCGAUUGCCUGAGGGCAACGAAGUUUUAAAAGGGCGAAAGUGAUUAUUCCGAAGAGAAGAUUACAAGACCAAAAGGACCCCUGCUCUUCACCUUACUGUAAAGACUACAGCAGAUAUAUCUUCCUUUUUAACCUUUCUGUGACCAGGGGGGGACGAAAAACCUCUGUGCAGGUUUUGCAAUUUAUCUACAGCUGUCAGUGUUUUUUUUUUUUCUGCCAAUUGGUUUACGGUCAGGGCUGUGCUCUGAUUUUGAAAUUGAACUUAUUAUUGCUGGUCAAUAUUUUGUGCUAGUGUUGGCGCUAAUACAUUGUAGGAUGUUAACAAAUUUCUUUAAUCAAUCGUUGCCGUAAAGAGAAGCAACUUAUGGAAUUACUGAUCUAUUUGCAGCCAAGGUAGGUGUUUAAACAUAAAUGUAGACAUUUUUAUUUACAGUUCCUUGUUCUCUGCCAGCGUUUGUGCCCAUGAUGGGUAACCUCCAAAAUAUUUAAAUAUCAUCUGCAGUAUAAAGAGUUAACGUUGCAUAAUAUUGUGAUAUAAAUAGGUGGGGUUCAGUUGCAAAUACAAUUUGCAGCAGAUUUAUUUAAGAGGUGUUUCAAUAGCCGCCUUUUGCUGUGCUAACACAGAGGAAGUUGUGUAGCCUUUCUGAAUUCACCUGCUCCAGGAAUUCUUUAAUGUUUUAUUUGCAAAUAUAUGUCCAGGUAAAAUGUAUUUGUACUAAUUUUACAGUAAAUCUUUUGGUUGUUUAGUCACUAGGUUAAAAUUGUAUUUUUAUGAUUUUGUUUUCGGUUUCUAAGUAGAAAUUAUAAUAGUAAUAUUGUGAAACCAUGUACCAAGUGAUAUAGAAUUUGGAGCUGGGUAUUCAGGUUGUCUAGAUUUUAGUAACUCUGCAGUUCUUCAAACACUGGAAACUUAUUUGGGAAUAAACUGUAAGUGUGUUGAGGUGUAGUGGCUUCUAUGAAUCCGGUAGGUGUGUUUUUAGAAAAGGAGGUCUGUUCAUAGCUGUAUUAUAGAGCCAAGAAUGCUUCAGUCCCUAGCUGGGGUAACCAGCAACACUGUAAAUACAUUUCAAAUGAUCCAUCAUGUAUAAUAUAGCGCAUGAUGGUUCAUGAAAGCUAUAGACAUUUGAGCGUAAAAUAUAUUUCCUUUGGAUGUUAGUCUAUGCAAAUAUUGCUUUAUUAAUGAAUACAGAAUAGCUCAGCCUCAUUAGUUCAUAGCCUACCCCCAACAUCUAAAGAUGCAGAAAAUUCGUAGCUUGCUGUCAUUUUAUAUAAACUACAUAAUAUUCACCCUGUUUUUCAUACAUGGAAACUGUCAUCGGUGUGUAGUUUAGAAAACUUAGGUUGUCAUAUCUGCAGCAACUCUGGCCAAGAUUUUUUUUUUAAAUUCCGACCAGAACUGCAUUUCUUACCAUAUUGUAAGAGAACCUUUAAUUUUCCUAAGUAAUGAUAUCACACAGCCACAAAUUCAGGGGUGUGUUUUGCAGGACUAUAAUAUUUUUUUGUUUUUUGUAUGAAAAGUAUUUUAAACAGAAACGUCUAAGAUAUUAAUGUGGUCUUUCAUUUCUCUUAUUGCAACUUCAAAGAUACAUACAUUAGUAUUAAAUUACAUAGAUUCCUCAUUUCAUUAACUGUUUGCAGUUUUCAGCUUUUUUUGUUUUUUUAAUCAAGACAAACACUAUGUAAAUAAGAAAAAAAUAUUGUUAAUAGGGAACAGUUCUAGAAUCCCAAAUAUCUUUUAUAUUAUAGAUUGGUAUAAAAAAAAUAUUUCUACCCAUUUUAUUUGUUAAACUUAAUACCUGUGAAACAUUUUUCAUUAUAAUUUGUAUUCCAAAUACGCUUGUUAUAUGUAUAUAUUGUUUAAAUGCUACUGGAAUAAACAGUGCAACAGUGACACCAUGUGGUGUAUUUAGUUAUGUGCAGGUAUUGCUUUUGCAAACUCAAUGUUUUGUAUUUUUUUAUGUACUGUAUAUAAAAGUUUACUAAUAUAGAAACUUUUUUCUUCACUAAGUUUGAAAAUUUCUUGUUUACAAUUCCUAUUCUCUGUUCAUUGACAACUUAUUCAGAAUAUUUAUGGUGCAAGGAAUAUGGAUUUCCUUCUGUGAAUAUCUGUGUUUCCAUAUGUUCAAUGUGAGUUAUUCAGCAUUUCUGUAUAAUCUCUGCAAAAAAACAAAUUGUGAGAUGUUUAACUAGCCUGCUUUUAUGAUUAAAUAUGUUAAUGGAUUAAA